UUAAGACGUGUUUAUUUUUUACUCUGAAAAUACAAAAUAUAUACAUACAUAACAGACCUUUAUAUGUAUGCAACGUAAACUUAAAAAAAAUUAAAAUAAUAUUAAAACAAAACUAGCAAAGUUGGCUGAAUAUUUAACCGAAAUUAAAGAAACAAUAAGCAUCUGUUAGUUCUGUAUAAUAAUAAAAAGUAUAAAAAAAUAAAUAUAUACCUGAUUGUGCUGAAAUAAGCAUUUUUGCCGCUGUGCUGUGUAAGAAACACACAGAAGACGUUGGCAAUGUCCAAAAAAAUUGCAUGAGUGAGAAAUACAGUAUGAAAGACGCUAUUCAUCUCAAAGAAGUUACACAGUACAACAAGAACGUAUAAAUAUGACGCAGCGCGAGGGUAUCCAAAAAUUUGAAAAUGACCGGAUAAAGGCAUUGCAAGAGGAACGUUUGCACAUACAAAAGAAAACAUUCACGAAAUGGAUGAACUCAUUUCUCAUAAAGGCCAAAAUGGAAGUCGAAGAUCUCUUCACGGACCUCGCCGAUGGCAUAAAGCUCCUGAAGCUGCUGGAGAUCAUUUCUGGCGAGAAACUCGGAAAACCAAAUAGUGGAAAGAUGCGGGUGCACAAAAUAGAAAAUGUCAACAAAAGUUUGGCCUUCCUGCACACAAAGGUGCGAUUGGAGUCGAUUGGGGCGGAAGACAUUGUCGAUGGCAAUCCACGAUUGAUUUUGGGUCUCAUCUGGACUAUCAUCUUGCGUUUCCAAAUUCAAGAGAUCGAAAUUGACGUGGAUGAAGAAGACGAAUCAUCCGAGAAGAAAUCCGCUAAAGAUGCUCUUCUCUUAUGGUGCCAAAGAAAGACGUAUGGCUAUCAGGGUGUCCAUAUUCAGGACUUUACGAAUUCAUGGCGUAGCGGUUUAGGAUUCAAUGCAUUGAUUCAUUCACAUCGGCCCGAUUUGUUUGACUACUCGCAGUUACAACCUGGCAGAAAUAUCGAAAACUUGAAUCAUGCAUUUGAUGUUGCAAGUACUGAGUUGGGUAUUCCUCGAUUGUUGGAUGCCGAAGACAUUGACACAACGAGACCGGAUGAAAAAUCAGUUCUUACCUAUGUAGCAUCAUACUAUCAUACCUUUGCCCGCAUGAAAAAUGAGCAAAAAAGCGGAAAGAGAAUUGCUAACAUUGUUGGUAAGCUCAUGGAUGCCGAUAAGAAGAAAAUCCAUUAUGAGCGUUUGACCUCUGACCUUUUGACUUGGAUUCGUUCGAAAACUCGAGAACUGGAAAAACGUAACUUCCCAAAUUCUUUGGAAGGCAUUCAAAAGGAGCUUUUAGUUUUCAAAGAAUAUCGAACGAUAGAAAAACCACCCAAAUACAAGGAACGAAGUGAAAUUGAAGCCCUUUAUUUCCACAUUAACACCCUUUUGAAAUCGCUCAAUCAACCGCACUACACCCCCCAAGAUGGUCAACUAAUCAACGAUAUCGAACGAGCAUGGCAAAAACUCGAAAACGCCGAGCACAGUCGAGAAGUUGCUUUGCGCGACGAAUUAAUGCGACAAGAAAAACUAGAGCAACUGAACUAUAAAUUCGAGAAAAAGUCCGUUUUGCGUGAAGGUUAUUUGAAGGAAAUGAUCCAGGUCCUUUCCGAUCCGCGUUACGGCUCGAAUUUGGUGCAAGUUGAUGCGACCGUUAAGAAACACGAAGCGAUUUCCGCCGACAUUCUUGCGCGUGUCGAGAGAUUCAAGGAUUUGACGGCAAUGGCAAACGAACUCAUCAAGGAACGUUAUCACGGAAGUGAUCGUGUGAAGAAACGCGAGGAAGAAGUACUCGAAAAAUGGCAAGAACUCCUAGAUCUAUUGGAAAAGCAUAAAACUAAUCUGCUACAAAUGAGUGGCUUGAUGAAUUUAAUGCGUGAAAUUGAUGCCACAAUCGUUACGAUCAAAGGACUUCAAGUUCAAUUCGCAUCCGAAGAUGUGGGUCCACAUUUGUUGGGCGUCGAGGAGUUACUUCAAGCUCAUUCGUUACAAGAGCUGCAAGUUACAACGUUGGGCGAAACGCAAAAGCGCUUUACACGUCAAGGAGACGCUUUUAAAAAGUCAAAUUCAAAAGACCUACCUCUGCUGAAUGAGAAAUUCAACGAGUUCAAUCAGCUGUAUUUGGAUUUAUUGAAUUUGAGUGCUCAACGGAAGGCACGUUUGGAAGAAGCUCGUGACUUUUAUCACUUCCUUGAAGAUCACGAAAACGAAGAAGGAUGGCUCAUUGACAAACAACGCAUCUGCAAGGCAGGCAUUACAGCAAAAGACCUACGAGCUGUCAUGUCGUUGCAGCAAAAGCACAAAACGCUUGAGGAUGAAAUGAAAGCACGCAAACCAAAGUCCAUCCAGCUAAAGGACAUUGGAAAGAAACUAAUGCAAGAAAAACAUCCACGAGCCACAGAAGUCACAUCGCGCAUGGAUUCCUUGCAAGAACACUGGAAAGCUCUCGAAGACUUGGUUGAACUGCGCAAACGACAACUUGAUGAUGCCGCCGAAGCAUAUCAAUUCUAUACAGAUGCCAAUGAGGCUGAUUCUUGGUUGAACGAGAAAAUGUCGCUGGUGGCCUCAAAUGACUUUGGAGUGGAUGAACCUUCAGCUCAAGCUUUGCUCCAACGUCAUCGAGAUCUGCAAGGGGAAUUGAAUGCGUACUCUGGCGACAUUUUAAAUCUCAAUCAGCAGGCAGACAAACUGAUCAAAGCCGGAAUCUGCACACUGGAGUUGUCAAAUGAACCAGAGACAAUUCCCGAGGAGGUGGAACAAGAAGAAUGGGUGAAUGAAACACGCCUUGUACCGAAAGAAGUGUGGGAUGAAGAGCCAGUCGAACGAUUGGAACACAAAACUGUCACGGAAUACAAAAUGUUCCCGCAUGUCAAGGCGAUGUAUUCCUACGAAGGACAGGGAAUGAAAAUGGCAAAAGGCGAAAUUCUCAUAUUACACAACAAGACAAACCCCGAUUGGUGGAGCGUUCGUAAGCUCGAGGGUCAGGAAGGUUUCGUACCGGCUUCCUAUGUCCGAGAAAUUGAACCACGUCAAGUGCCAUGCUUGGUUCGCAAAGCUGAAAAAGUCAAAACGACACAAAAAGUGAAGAAGACAAUUUUGGUAAAAGAAAUUGUUCCUGUCAAACGUAUCAAACCAGCAAAAGCGUCGCAAGUUAGGCCAUUAGUAAAGAGACGUGCGGAAGGCGAGACACCUGUCGACAGCAACGACAGUGUCGAAAAACGUCAAAAACGUAUCAAUGGCACUUACGAUCAGUUGCAGGACCUAGCACAACGAAGACAUGCCUUGCUCGAGGAUUCUAUUCGGUUAUUUGGAUUUUACAAAGAGUGCGAUGACUUUGAAAAAUGGAUCAAAGAUAAAGAAAAGUUGCUGAAGACCGAAGAUCCCAACGACAAUGUCGAAGUUGCCAAGCGAAAGUUUGAAAAAUUCCUCACAGACCUUUCAGCUUCUUCUAAGCGCAUUGAUUCGCUUGACGGAGCUGUGAAUGAGUUUGUUCGCCAAGGACAUUCACAGUUGGACAAAGUCAAAGCACGCCAAAGACAAAUUCAUCAGUUGUGGGAUCACUUGAACUACCUCAAAAGUCGAAAGGAAAAAUCUCUCGAAGGUGCAUCGAGUGUCGAGCUUUUUAAUCGCACGUGCGAAGAAGCUGUCGAUUGGAUGCACGAGAAAAUGAUGCAACUAGAUACGGCUGAACUGGGUCCCGACUUGAAAACUGUAAAGGCGCUUCAACGAAGACACGAAAACUUGGAACGUGAGCUAGCUCCGGUGCAAGAAAAAGUCAAUCGUGUCAAUUUGCUUGGAAAUUCAGUAAAAGAUUCCUACGUUUCCGAAAAGGCAAAUGUUACGGAGCGUCAAAAACAGAUACAAGACAUGCUCCAAAAGGUCCAAAGUAAAGCACUUGAGCGUCGCUCGCGACUAGAAAAUGCCGUUGGACAGCAAAUUUUCACAAAUAGUGCCAAAAGUUUGUUCAAUUGGGUCGAUGACAUUAAAAAUCAGAUUGCUCAAGAGGAAACUGCAAAAGAUGUCACCACCGCAGAAAACCUGCGAAAGAAACACUAUGAUUUGGGAGAAGAAAUUGACUCGCAAGACGAUGAGUUCCGCGAAGUAUUAUCAUUGGGAAAAAAUAUCUACGAGAAAAAUCCAUCAUUGAAAGAAAUUCCUGCAGCAUUGGAAAAACUUCAAAAGGAACAGAAAGAGGUGCGUGACGCGUGGAAAGAAAAAGAGCAAUAUCUCCAACAAUCCGUCGAAUUGCAAAUUUUCAAUCGAGAAGCUGACAAAAUUGACGCCACAACAAAAAGUCACGAAGCCUUCUUGGAGUACAUGGAUCUUGGUACCUCUUUAGAUGACGUUGAGGCGAUUUUGAAGAGACACAAUGAUUUCGAAAACACCCUUGCAGCCCAAGAUAAAGUAUGCAAGGGCUUUUCGGAUCAUGCUGAUAAACUCAUUCAAGCACAACAUUACGAUUCAGCGUAUAUAAAUGAGCGACGACGCCAAGUACUCGCGAAACGGCAAAAAGUCAAAGAUUUGGCAGCCCAACGUCGAGCUGCUCUUCAAAAUUCCAAGGAUUAUCAGCAAUUCGUGUCAGACGUCGAUGACUUGAAUACCUGGUUGGACGACAAAAUUCGCAUUGCAAGUGACCAGAGCUACAAAGAUCUGUCCAAUUUGCCUCGAAAAUUACAAAAUCACAAAGCUUUCGAUCGCGAAUUACGCGCAAAUGAAGGUCAGUUGAGAAGUGUCAACAAAAAUGGUGAAUCCCUCAUUAAACGAGGAAAUCGGGCAAACGAAGUGCAACAAGCUCUUGAGAAUGCAAACCAAAAGUGGAAAAACCUCAUGGCACUAUCUCUCGAAAAAGGUCGACGUCUCGAACAGGCGGGACUCCAACGUGAGCAUAACCGAAAUAUCGAAGAUGCAAAAACAAAACUCGUUGAUUUCGAGACUGUGUUGCAAAGUAAACAAGUUGGACAGGAUUUACGAUCAUGCAAAGAGCUACUGAAUAAACAUCAAAUAGUCGAGCAAGAUAUCACAAUGUGGGAGCAGAAAAUAACAGAAUUAGUUGCUUUUGGUGAGGAAAUGGCACAUGAAGGGCAUUUUGAUGCACCGAACAUUCAGAAAGAGACAAAAAAGCUUCAAAAUCAAUUCAAAACAUUGCAUUCACCGAUUAGACAUCGUCGAGCUGCGUUAGAAGAAAGUCUUAAAUUCCAUAAAUUCGUUUUUGAGCUGGACACAGAGUUACAAUGGAUAAAUGAACGAGCCACUGGUGCCGGUUCCGAUCAACUUGGUCAGAAUUUGCAUCAAGCGCAAAGUUUGUUUAAGAAACACAAGAAACUCGAAGCGGAAAUUGAAGGGCACCAACCGAUGAUUGAUAAAGCUCUCGCUUCUGGCAGACAAUUUAUUGAAAAAAAUCAUCCGGAGAAGAAACAAGUUGAAAAGCUUUGUAACGACUUGCAAGAAGCUUGGGAGGACCUUCAAGAUAAAUCCGAUAUCCGCAGCAAGAAACUCGAUCAAAGUUUAAAAGCGCAACAAUAUUUGUCGGAAGCAGGUGAAAUUGAAACUUGGCUUGGAGAGAAAAAUAAUGUUUUGCGAUCUACUGACUACGGUCGUGAUAGGGACUCAGCGACGAAGUUGUUGACCAAACAUAAGGCAAUUGAGUUAGAGCUGGAUACCUAUUCGGGAAUCGUGUCGGAAAUGGGACACACUGCAAGCACAAUGAUCGCUGCUAAACAUCCGGAUAGCAAAGUGAUUGCUGCUAAGCAACAGCUGAUUGAAAAAAUGUUGAAAUCUUUGCAGAAACUUGCAGCCCAACGACAACAAAGACUGAUUGAGAGUCUUCAUCGUCAUGAAUAUUUCGCGGAAGCAGCAGAGUUAGAGCAAUGGAUCAAGGAACAAGAGCAAGCUGCUGCAUCAGAAGAUUACGGUCAAGAUUAUGAACAUUUGUUGCUUCUUCAAAACAAGUUUGACGAUCUGAAACAUCGCAUAGAAAUCGGAGCUGAACGUUUCCACCAAUGCGAGGAAUCAGCUAAGAAACUCAUCAGUAGCGAGAACUCUUACGUGUCAGAAAUCGAAAAAUGUCAAGAGCAGCUCAAGUCGGAUAAUUCAGAGACCACUACGUCUCCUACACAUGUGAUUACAAACGACGAUGUCAUUGAUCGGAAUGAGUCUGUAUGCAACGUCUGGCGAAACCUCUUGGACUUGUUGUCUCAACGGGAGCAACGUCUUUAUGCAGCUGGUGAAAUUCAUCGUUUCCAUCGUGAUGUUGCUGAGGCAUUGUUCAGAAUUCAGGACAAAAAUGCCGCGUUAUCGAAUGAACUUGGCAAGGAUUUGAACUCUGCCUUAGCCCUCGACCGAAAGCACGAAGUAUUUGAAAACGAUUUGGUUGCAACGGAAGCUCAGUUGCAAGUUCUCGUUGAGGACUCGGUGCGUUUGAAGAACAAGUAUCCUGGAGAAAAUGCAGAAACCAUCGAAAAACAACAAGAAAUGGUUGUUGCAGCUUGGAAUGACCUCAAAGAAAAAUCAGCACACCGCAGUGAUCAACUUGCUGCAAGCUGUGACUUGCAAAACUUCCUUACGCAAGUCCGGGAUCUUAUGUCAUGGGCUUCCAAUUUACGUGCUGCCAUCCAAACAGAAGAACAUGUCUCGGAUGCUCCAGGUGCAACAGCAUUGAAAAUUCAACACGAUGGCAUCUACAAUGAAAUUGAGGCUCGCGAAGAAAAGUUCCGUUAUUUGAGUGAAUUGUCGGACUCGAUGGUUCAAACUGGUCAUUAUGCUGCCGCAGAAGUUGAGGAAAAAUGCACAGCUCUCCUGGAUGAGCGUCAAAAACUGCACUCUGCUUGGAAUAAGAAGAAAGUUUUGUUGGAACAGAAAAUCGACUUGUUCUGUUUCUUGCGUGAUGCCAAACAAAUUGAUAACAUUUCUUCGAGUCAAGAAGCAGCACUGAAAAACCUAGACUUUGGUCAAAGUGUUGAAGUUGUUCAGGAUCAAGUGCGUCGACACGAUGCUUUCGAAAAAUUAAUCAAGACCCAAGACGAGAAAGUAGUCAUUUUACAAGAUCACGGUAGAAAACUCGUUGAACAAAAUCAUUAUGAUAGCGCCAACAUCCGAAAACGCCUGCAAGAAGUCAUUCAUAGAAGGCAACAAGUCAAGGAAUUGUGUGCGAUCCAAAGACAAAAACUCGCUAAUGCACUUUUGUAUGCACAAUUCAUACGAGACACUGCUGAAGCACUCGCCUGGAUUAACGAGAAGCAAAAGAGACUCGAAGCUGAUGUUGGAAAUCUCGCAGAAGUCACAAGUUUAGAGGACAAAAUCAAGAAACUGCAGAAACAUCAAGCUUUCCAAGCAGAAAUCUCGGCUAAUGAGGGAAGAAUUGCUGAAGUGAAACAAAAAGGAGACACACUGAUCGACAAAAAGCACGAACACUCUCCCGAAAUAAAGGAAACCCUCAAAAAGCUUGUGGAAGCAUGGGGUUUGCUGAUGAAAGAAGUCGACUCUCGCGGUCGCGGACUUGAAGAAGCGCAGGACAUUUUGGAAUUCAAUAACCAACUUGAAAAAAUAGAGGCAUGGAAACGUGAUAAAGAGCUUAUGAUUCAAGCUGGUGACACUGGUAGAGAUUUGGAACAUUGCAAUGCGCUUCGUCGUAAGCUUGACGAUGUCGACUCCGAUAUGCGUGUUGAUGAGCAACGAAUUGAAAGUAUCAACAUUCUCGCUGACAAGUUGUUGUCGCAAGAAAAGGGUCCCAAUGAGAUGAAAAAUGUCGAGGAACGACGUACCGAGUUCAAUAAUCAGUGGAAGCAACUUCAGGCAGCACUCAACAAAUAUCGCGAACAGUUGGAUGGCGCCUACGAAGUUCAUGUUUUCCACAAAGACGUUGAUGACACAUCGGAACGCAUUGCCGAAAAGUCUCUGGCAAUGAGUGUGGAGGACACGGGCAAGGAUCUCGCGGCUGUCGAAGCUUUGCAACGAAAACAAGAAGCUCUGGAACGCGAUAUGACCGCAGUCGAACAAAAGAUUGUCGAGCAUGAAAAGGCAGCAAACAAACUUCGCAAGCAGCAUCCGGAACGUGUGCCAGCUAUCGAUGAGAAACUCGGAGAGUUGAAACGCAACUGGGAACAUUUGCAAAACCUCUCACUGAAACGUAAAAAGGUCCUCUCUGACGGCUAUACAAUUCACAAAUUCAUUGCCGACGUAAAAGAGCUGGAGGCUUGGGUUAACGACAUCUGUAAAAAAAUGGAUUCUGCACCCAUGCCGAAUACCAUUCCCGAAUGCGAAACGCAGAUCCAGCUUCAUAACGAACGGAAAGCGGAAAUUGAUGGUCGAUCACCGAUUCUUGAGACACUUAAAGAACAAGGUGAACAACUCUCCUCAAAAGACAAAGAUGUACUUAAAUCCGUACACACGUUGGAACUACUCAAGUCCCAAGUACAAUACGCGUGGAAAGACAAAGCUAAGCGCUUGAAAGAAGCUCACCAAUUGCAACUUUUCAAAGAGCAAGCUGACCGUAUCGAUGAGUGGCUUGCAACGAAAGAAGCAUUCCUCAAUAAUGAUGAUCUUGGUAAUUCAUUCAAAACUGUCGAAGCACUCAUCAAAAAGCACGAGGCUUUCGUCAAGCUCCUUGGUGUCAAUCGAACGGAGGAGUUGGAAAAGUUUGCCGAAGAAAUUUUGGCUGAAGAUCCGUAUGAAGCGGAUUUGGUGAAACAACGUUUAUACGCUGUACAGGUUCGUCGGGAUAAACUUUUCGAGAUGUCGGCCUUGCGCGGAAAGAAACUCGAAGAAUCUUUGCAACUCCAGCUCUUCUUGCGAAAUUUGUACGAGGUCGAACGUUGGUUGAAUCAAAAAAUGCAAGUAGUUUGUGACGAAAAUUAUCGCGAUCCGAGCAAUCUUCAGUCGAAAAUUCAAAAGCAUGCGGCCUUUGACUUGGAAUUGCAUGCCAAUAAUGCAAGAAUCACGAACUGUCUGAAUGAGGGCGAGACAUUGAUCAACAAUGAGCAUUACGCAAGUGACGAUAUUGCACAACAACUGGAACUUUUGCAAACCGAAUGGGCGAAACUGCAAGAAGCAUCACAGCAAAAACGCGAUAGACUUCAACAAGCGUACGAGGCGCUCGUUUUCGGAAGAAGUCUCGACGAAUUCAACAUUUGGAUGGAUGAAAUCGAAAGUCAUUUGAGUUCGGAAGACUAUGGCAGAGAUCUGGCUUCAGUAAAUACUCUUUUGAAGAAACACGAGAUGCUUGAGGCCGAUGUCGCUCAUCACGCCGAGGUGGCAGAGCAACUUAAGGAGACAGACGAAAAAUUCCUGAAAUCCGAUCACUUUAUGAAAGAUGAAAUGCAUGAAAGAGCUAUGCUGAGUAUCAAACGUUAUCAUUCACUGCAUGAACCAACAUCCAUUCGCCGUGAUAAUUUGGAAGAUUCGUUAUUGCUUCAUCAAUUCCUACGCGACACUGAAGACGAACUUGCUUGGUUGACAGAAAAAGAGCCAAUUGCCGCAAGUAAAGACCUCGGAACGAGUCUCACUGCCGUACAAUCCUUGCAGAAGAAACAUCAAGCACUGGAAGCCGAAAUAUUAUCACGUGAACCGAUCAUUUCGGGUAUUCUCCAUCGUGGUCAGCAAAUGAUUCGAGAUGGCCACUUUGCAUCUGAAGACAUCGAACAACACAGCAAUAAUUUACAGAAAAAAUUAGUACAAGUAAGAGAUCUUGCAUCUGUGCGCCGUUUAAGAUUACUGGAUGCCGUUGAAUCGCAGCUUUUCUAUGUGGAAGCGAACGAAGCUGAGUCGUGGAUUCGUGAAAAACGUCCCAUUCUUGCGUCAGGUGACUGUGGCAAGGACGAAGGAUCUGUCUUGUCGCUUCAGAAGAAACUUGAGUCUAUUCAACGUGAAAUUGUUGCAUUUGAGGGCUCCACCUUGAACAAAGUGGUGAAGCUUGCUACGAAUCUGCUGGAAAGAAAUCACUUUGACAGUGAGAAAAUCCAAGCGAAAAAUGAUAAGAUCCAAAAACAAUUUGAAGAACUCAAAAAGUUUGCCGUGCAAAAAGAACGAAAACUAAUUGAAGCCAAAAAAUUGUUUGAAUUUUUGCGAGAAGUAGAGGAACUGCAUGAGUGGAUCAACGAACAAAUGGCAGUUGCUGCUUCUGAGGAAUACGGAACAGAUGUUGAGCAUGUCGAAUUGUUGACCGCAUCUUUCGAAGCGUUCGUUUCGAAUUUAGGCUCUAAUGAAAGUCGUGUCAUAUCCUGCGUUGGACGUGGCGAGGUCUUGAUCAACGAAAACAAUCCAAACACCGAACUAAUAAAGCAGAAACGGGACGAGACGAAACAACUAUGGGAAGAGCUGAAGGAUUUGGUGACUGCUCGACAAGAAGCCUUGGCAGGUGCUCGACAGGUUCACGUUUACGAUCGUACAGCUGAUGAAACCAUAGCAUGGAUUCACGAAAAAAUCUCGGCUUUGAUUUCCGAGGAUUAUGGCACCGAAUUGGAAGUCAUUCAAGCUCUCGUACGACAGCAUGAGGCAUUCGAGACAGAACUCAAAGCUGUCAAAGACCAAAUAGAAGCAGUCCAAAACGAUGCAAACAAGCUUUCCGAGACAUUCCCAGAUGCUGCGGAGCACAUUGAGGUGAAAAAAGAAGAAACAAUCGAGGCAUGGGCGGAUUUGCUUGAGAGAACGAAGCUACGUAAACUAAAACUCGAGCAAGCGGAACAACUUCAAGCUUAUUUCGACGAAUACAGAGACAUUAUGGCAUGGAUUAACGAGAUGUUGGCACAAAUUACAGCGCCAGAACUAGCCAAAGACGUUGAUGGAGCUGAACAAUUGAUAAAUCGCAUCAAGGAUCACCAAACGGAAGCAAAGUCCCGCAAUGAAUCCUUCGAAAAGUUCUAUGCAACGGGUAAACGUUUGAUCGCCGAAGAGCAUUUCCUUUCGAAUGAAGUUCAGGAAAAAAUAAGUAUUCUUCAAUCGAGAAAAGCUCUGCUUGAUUCUACGCUUGUCAAACGUCAAGAGCUGUAUGAGCUCAAUUUGGACACUCAAAUCUUCUUACGUGAUGCUGAGUUACUCGAAAAAUGGAUCAUUAAUCGCCAGUUGCAACUAAAAGACACCAAAUUAGGCGAUUCCAUUGCCCAGGUUGAAGAUUUGAUUCGCAAACAUGAGGAUUUCGAAAAGACAUUGGCAGCGCAAGAAGACAAAAUCAAUGGUCUCAAGCGAAUUACGAUGCUCGAACAGCUAUUUAAGAAGCAACGUGAAGACGAGGAGAAUGCUCGUCGUUCAGAGUUCGAACGCAUUGAAAAAGAACGCAUCGAAGCACUCAAACAGAAGGAAGUACAGAGAAUUACGGAAGAACGUCGUCGGAACGAAAAGAAGAUGGAUCAAAAUGGAUAUUCGGACAAGAAAAUGGCAACUGUCCAAGAAAACUCUGGAAUUAGCGUACAAAAAUCCAAUUCGUUUGUGAACUUGUUCGGCGACAAGUUACGAAGAAAUAGCGGUGAUGCAAAUGUCAAGCGUGCCGAAAGUAUGAAAAUUCAACCCAAACUACCAAAACGUACUCCAAGCUUCACGACACGACGACGAGCUCAAAGUUUCCGCAAAACACAGAAGCCGGAAGGUGUAGACUUGCCACCUGUUGAAAUCCAGGGAACGCUGGAACGAAAACACGAGUUACUCUCGGGUGGCAAACGAUCUCCUGUUCGUUCGUGGAAACCGUUCCACACCGUACUUUGUGGCCAGUUAUUGUGUUUCUUCAAGGACGAAAAUGAUUUUAUGGCUCAAAAGGCAGCUACGGCUCCGGUCAAUAUCCUCAACUCGAAAUGCGAAAAAGCCGGAAAUUACACAAAAAAGAAGAACGUAUUCCGCUUGAGCUUACCCGAUGGAAGUGAAUUCCUAUUUUUGGCACAUUCAGUUGACGAAAUGAACGAUUGGAUUACGAAAAUUGCAUUCCAUGCCAGUUUGCCACCAAAUUUGCAACUUAUGAGUUACGAUGAGUCGUUGAAACAGCAAAGCAUGUCGCUAGUUACGGAUGUGAAAAAUUCCAGCGGGGAUUUGGAAGUGUCGUCUGUCAGUAAUUCAUCGAGGGCAUCAACGCCAGAUGUGCCACCACAACAUCGCAGCAACAAUAGAAAUGACUCAUUUAGCAGUGCGAAAUCACAAAAUUCGAACAGCAGCACACCUCAAACGGAUUAUCUGAUGAAACAGAAAGAACUUCGAGAACGUGAACGUCGAGAGAAUCAGAUGAUGUCAGCUGUAAUGAAUCAAACAACAUCUCCAGGAAACGCCAAUUUGGCCGAUAAGCCUCCAAUUCCUCCACGUGGCGCUCCUCCUCAAGUUCCUCAAAGACAGUCUAGCUACGAAACCGUGAAUGCAAAUGUGCAGCUAAGGCAGAAAAAUUUAAAUGGAAAUGACGAAAUUGAUAACGGAAACGAAGUGCACCACCAACAACGACCGUAUUCGCUUCAACCGCAUCAGUCAAUCCAAACGCGCAACGGAAACCAAAACGGGAACGAAGACUCCUGGAAACGAUCAUCUGAAGUUCGAUUGUCAGAAAAGCCACCACUACCAACAGCCAUGCCCCCUCAAAUAAUCCAACAUCAACGUCAACAACAUUACUUCGAUCCUCAACAUGGGAAUGUAGCAACAACGUCAACUUAUACAAAAAUGACUACUUUCCAACCGAUUCAACAACCAGGCAAUGGAUCAAACGUGAUGUCAUUUAACAAUAAUCAGCAGCUUUUGCAUCAACAACAGCAACAGAUGCAAUUUUAUGAAAAACCCUCGCCCAUUCAAGCACAAAGUUUCAACUUGAGCCAUCAAAGACCUUCACCGCCUCGGCAAAAUGUGAACACGUGGCAUCAACAUACGACGACAAAAACCACAUAUUCCCCGGGAAUCAAUGAUCCAAAUAUUGCAUUCAUUAAUAACGAAUCAGCGGGUUGGGGACAAUCUCGCUUCGAUAGUGGACGACCAGUUUCCUUACCACCACAACCGGAUAACUUGUCCGUAUCAACAAGAAUGUCAGCAGAGAGCUCAAGUGAAAGCGAGGCUAGUGUCAACAAAGGCAGUAGCAAGGAUAAGGAAAAGAAGAGCGGCAUGUUCAGAAUGUUCUCAAAGAAAAAGUCAAAGUCGCCGAAUCAAUAAGCAAGGAAAAUUAAUUUAAACAUAGAGAGAGCGUUAGAAUAGCAACUUUACAAUUUUUAUGAUAAAAAAAAACUUACAGACGGUCUUCUUAGCUUAGCUGAGAAUAGACAAAUUUACGAAAAAAUACUUAAAACUUUUUGCAUUUUUAUAAAAAUUUACUAUAUUCAUACGACAUAUUCUAAAAGUUUAAAAUUUUGUAAAACAUUUUUGAAUGUUACUGAAAAUUAUUGUUAUUACGUAGCCUUAAAAGUUUUUAACGAGUUUAACUUGAUGAUUUACAUAAUAAAUAUUAAUAAAAUUAAAAGUAUUUUGCAUGUUAAAGGAUAAAAAUCAAUAAAAUAUAUAA